AUGUCGCUCAAGGCCGCGUAUCAGAGCUUCCUGGCAGACCCAGCGGCUGCUGGGUUGUCUGAGAAGGCCGCAAUUAACUAUAUCCCAACCUUGACUACCAUCAACGAGCCGUCUUCUAUUCUGAAACAUUUAUCUUCGCAGCAGAAGCUGCUCAGGAAGAAGAAUGAGAAGGUUGUAAACGCAAUUGAGAGCCAAGAUGCCCUCUGCCUCGACGUCGAGACCACCCUCGAGUUUAUUAAAGGCGGAGGAGCAUACUUGCCCGGCCUGGAUGACAAUUUCCUUGCCGAUAGAACCGUUACAAUCCCCAUUAUUCAUAUUGUCCUUUUUGAUCCACAAGGGAAAAUUUCUCAGAUUCGCCUUCACUGGGAUCAAGGCGCGCUGCUCAAAUCUGUAGAUGUCAUUGGCUCUCGUGGCCGGAACUGGCCUCUCCAUGACGGUCUGGAACAGCUUCGCUUGAUAAACAGCAGCACCAAAUCUGUUGGGAAUGAACACUCUUUGGCACAUAAUGCUUUCAAGACUGACCCAGCAAGCGCGAUGGCUAAUGGCCGUCCUCAAUCACCAAGCAAGAUCACUGCGACCAAAGACCCUCACGCCAGUCUUUCCCUGUUUGAGCCAGUCGACGACCCCGAGCCUACUCCAUCUCGUCCUGCUCCCGUUCUCCCGAGAGCUUCGGCGAAGCCACCACCGCGAGAGUAUCACGAUUUGUUCGCUGAGCAGGAGGUAGUUUACUCGCCCAGCCCCUCAGUGAACUCGCCCGAACGCCGACCUGGAAGCUCCAUCGCACCAAAAGGAGGCAACACUGGCAAAAACUUUCAGCCUUCUCGACUGUUUGAUGCCGAACUUUCACCAGCAGAGAAAUCUGUCAAAGCGUCCGAGCGAUUAUACCGGCCGAAUCCCAAGCGGUACGAGCACUUUACCUUUGGCGAUGGAGAGGACGAGCAUGCAGAGCCCUCCAAACAAGCACCAGUGCGCUCAAAGUCCGACAAGCACGGCUCGCAGUGGGACUUUGAAGAUUUUGAUACUCCGGAAAAGGUGCGCACCAAGGUCCGCGCUCAUGAGGUUCGUCACUUUGGCUGGAGUGAGGAGGAUGGCGAUUAUGUUGUCACCCCAGUGAAAGACGGCACCAAGGCGGCCAAGCCCAGACGUGACGCAGAGAAGCAUUUUGAGUUUCAAGACGACGGUACCCCUCAGGGUGCAAAACGCCCGACGGGACCGCCGAGGGGUGCCAGCCAUAAUGCCGGACUUGGAUUGUACAAGAAUAAUUUGUUCGGGGACGAGGACCAUCCGCCGCAGGAAGCCGCCCACCCAGAUAAACCCCUGGGAAAUGUAACAAACAUCAAUCGUAACAAAAUCUUCGACCCGCACUUUAGUCUUGCCGAUUUCUCACCUGCCGCGGGUGAUAAGGCUGACGCGGAAACGAAGCCCGUGCCUGAGGAUCGGAAGAAGGCGGUCAAGAUGAUGAUGUCAAACUGGGACUCGUAUGAUCGUUCACCCGAUCUCGGGGCGGAGAAGACGAAGCCCGCUCCCGAGGAUCAUAAAAAAGCCGUCAAGAUGAUGACUGCCAACUGGGGUUUGUACGACCAGUCUCCAGAUGCGAUGGGCGCACAAAAGGAAAAUGUCACCCAUCGCGGGAUCAAGACUGGAGGAGACGGAAUGGGUGGACGCAAAGGAACCCGUAGCUGGGCAUUUGGAGAAGAGAGCGAUUCUGAAAAAGUAUCGGGACCAGUGCCUACAACUCGACGGUUCCCUGGCGCGACGAAGCAACAAGCCGACAAGAAUUUCUGGGAUUUUUAA